AUGGAUCUGGAAAUACAAAGAUUCGGAGCCACGGAGCUCUUGAUCAACUCGCUUCCCAAAUGCACCUAUUUCUCUUACAAUAGCGAUGAAAAGCUCGCUUCGCAUGCGGACGACGAUCUCCGAAACGAGACGAGUGAACACUUCGACUUCGUUGAAGCUGAAUCGCUCUUGAUCAAAUCGGUUUUACGAGACAACAAGGCUCAACUCGUAACUCACACGAAACGACUCGCCGAGGCCUCCACAGAGCCCCUAGACCGAAGCACAGUCUCGAAGCUUCUCCACCUCUGCUGUAACUUCGACUCGCCGGACUGCGCCUCCGCAUUGCUCGGCGGAGAGCUUGGAACGACGCCGUUGGUGAACGAGUUCGAUGACUCGGGAAAAUCGGCGCUUCACACAGCGGCUCUGGCUCACGCGGCCAAGUGCGUCGAGGUCUUGCUCAAGAAACACGCUCGUACGGGCCUGAGGACCAGAGACGGACGAGCACAGCUAGCUCUGGACCUGUCUCUGUCUAGCGCAAGGAUGGAUGUGAUUUGGACUCCAGAUGAAUACACCCUUGAGGAUUUGGUCGUCGUUCUCGGCGAAAAGGAUUUGACCACCGUGAGACUUCUCAGUGAAAAAACCAAGGAAAUCGGUCAGGUGGCCUAUGCAAACGCCGUUGAAGGGCGUAUAGUUGCUUUAGCGGCUCUGCUUAUUGUAGCCGCAGAGAAGAUUAGCGAAACGGUAUUGGAGUUGCGUGAUAACGAUUCGGCUUCUAAAGAGAAGGUGACCUUAUACGAAUGUGUUGUACGGGAAGCUUUGUCCCUGGUCCGUCCAACGACGCCGUUCACGGCGGCGAAACGCACCUCGACGGCCACCGAGAACGAAAACUCCGAGAAAAGGAGGCUUUUGCUUCUCGAGCUAGAGUUGCUUCAGCUCUUCGGAGCUGUUGCUGAAAGUGGUUGUACGGACAAGAAGGUGACGUCACCACUCAUCCGAGCAGCCCAGGUAGGAGAUGAAGCCGUCAUGCAGCUGCUUCUGAAGACAAAUAUAGAUGUAAAUGAUGCUGAUGCAGAAGGAAAUUCUGCUCUUCAUUGGACCCUUAAAUUGUCGAGAUCGUUAUGUCCACAGCAGAUAAAAAUUUUGUGGCUUCUCAUUAAGCAUGGUGCACGAGUAAGCCAAAGGAAUAAAUUAGGAUUAACUGCCUUACAUAUUGCUGCUGGUAAUGGUAAUUCAGAGGCACUUCAGGUCCUUCUAUUGGAAGCCCCAGAUGGUACCCAGUAUAAGACAGAAAUUAAAGAAACCCCGCUGUUCUUUGCUGUUAGGAAUGAUAGUAUGGAGUGUGCUGAGCUUCUUUUGAGCUGGGGAGCAAGUAGUGAAAUUCUCAAUCUGCGUAGACAAAGGCCUAUUGACCUGACAACCUCGCAAGAUAUGCGUUUCAUAUUGCUGAACCCAACCAGUGUUAACCUCAGCAAAAAUGCUUUCCCCAGUCAACAUAAAUGUAUUGCUUGUUCACAAGGUGAUGAGGCUUUUUCAAGCACCUGCGAAGCACUUCUAACCAUGACAGCUGAAGACACCACUUCUGAAAGAAAAAUUCACUCCAGCACCAAGGUAGAGAUUUGCAAAUACUUCGUCUCUCCUCGUGGAUGUGUCAGAGGAGCUAAGUGCUUUUAUGCACAUGGUAUGGAGGAGCAUCAGAAAGUGAAGCAGGAAGCAGUCCGCAAUCAUUCUCACGAUGCUAAAGAACUCAAGCGCAUCUUUGUAGGAGGACUUCCUCCUUCAGUGGGAUCUGAUUCCUUGGGUAAGUUCUUUGAAGAACAAUUUGGGCCAGUGGAUGAUGCCAUAGUCAUUUUCUCUCAAAUAGAAAACAAGAUACAAUCUCGAGGCUUUGGAUUUGUCACAUUUAAAGAGGAGAAAUCUGUUUCCGCAGCUGUUCAAGCACACUAUGUCUCCAUGCUAGGCAAACCAGUCGAAAUAAAAAGUGUGGUAACAAGAUUGGCAGCUGAGUCGGAGAAAUUGUCACCUCGACAGCAAGGACAAGAGAAGAAUUGCCAACCUCAACUUCCACCACAGAUGUCGUCCAAUGAGAUGAUUAUGGAAGCAAACAAACCUGAACAAGGUUCUUGGCUUUUUAAGUUACUCCAUGGCCAAUCAAAGACAAGUCCCAUAAAACCUCGAGCACGUAAAAUCUCAAGCCCAGAAGAUAAAAGCAUGCCUAUUUGGCUAAAGGUUUUUAAGAAGUGGUUUCCUGGGUUCUUACAAGAUCUGUCAAAGCAUCCAAGGACUGGAAAAUAUGCUCUAUCUUCUCUGAAAGGUGAUUUCAGGGCAAAAUUUGGCUUAGAACUGGAUCAUGCACCUCUUGGAUUCUCCAAGCUGAGUGACUUCAUCAAAUCUUUCUCCAACUUAUGUACCGUUAAGGUUGACCCUGUAGAUAAAAAUGGAUUUCUCAAUCACAUGAUCCUCCAACCAAAAUUCAGGCAUCAUCACCAACUCUGUCAAUGUCAUACACUCAGAAUGUCUUCCAAUUCCUCUGUUUCUACAGCGAGCGAUGAUGGUGGUAAUUCAAAGUGUCUUCAGGACAUUUCGACCGAUGAUGGUGGUGAUUCAAAGUGUCUUCAGGACAUUUCGACUGAUGAUGGUGGUGAUUCAAAGUGUCUUCAGGACAUUUCAACUGAUGAUGUUGGUGAUUCAGAGUGUCUUCAGGACCUUUCAGUUGAUGAUGGUGGUGAUUCAAAGUGUCUUCGGGACCUUCCAAUUGAUGAUGGUGCUGGAAACUUGGCAUUAAAGGAAACCAGUAUCUAUAGGGAAGAGAAACCCUCCCAUGGGCAUCAUCCUGAAGUGAAUUCAGCAAUGGAUGCAUCACAUUGCAUCCACCCAAGGGUCCUGCAAUUCUUGAAGCCAGAUCCUCUGUUCCACGGUAAAAAAGAACUUGAUGUGAGCAGUGAAAGAGGACAAUGCAUAGGAGAACUUAAAGGAAGUACUAAUAAUCGGAGAGAUCCACAACGGCAUCUGGUUUUGGAGACCCUUGCCAGAAAAAGGAACAAAUCAUUUAGUUACUUCCUUCGUGACUUUGAUUUUUACAAGGAUUAUAAGGAAUGCAUUUUGGAGGGAAAGUGUUUUGGAUGCAACCAGAAGCGGAUGUUAUGGGCCAAUUUUCCAUGCCAACACAUGCUGUGGUGCAGCUCCUGUAAAGUUCAGGCCAUACUGGCUGCUGGUGAUUUUGAACACAAAUGUGUGGUGUGUGAUUUGCAAGUCCACAAAAUCAUCACACUUCCGCGCCAUGAUGACUUCCCACCUAUUGUUGAUCCUGCAGCUUAUUUACCAACUCCAUUGAUGAAGAAGACAUCUCCCUUAAGCGGUAACAGAUGAAGUCAAUGCAGUCAAGGUUUUCAUGCAGAGGGGAACAAUAGAUGAUGGUUAAAGAUGCAUAGUAUAUGUGGGUGUGGGCAAACUGUAUAUAUGCACCCCAGAAAAGGUAAAAAAGAAAAGAAGAGGCGGGUUGGGCCACGGGGUCUCCCUCCCUCCCUCCAUACUAAAACUAGUUUUGAAUUCCGAUUAGAAUCCUAUAGACUAUAAAACUACUUUUGAACUCCAAAGUGCUCUUUUGCUGAUGUCUCUUUUUGUUGAUAUUUGGAGGAUAGAAAUCUGAAAAUAGAAUGGAAAUAUCAAGUCCUCCCACAAACCUCUUUUUUUUCUCUCCGUCUGUCUAUAUAGCUCUACUUCUGUCGCCAAAAGAGGCAUGUUAAUUUACUCGCCAUCCCAACUUUUUUCUUUUUCUUUCAA